AAAAUGGCAACUACUAAAUCUUUUUUAAUUUUAAUUUUUAUGUUAUUAGCAACUACUAGUUCAACAUUUGCUUCGUUGGAAGAAAUGGUGACUGUUCUUAGUAUUGAUGGAGGUGCAAUUAGGGGAAUCAUUCCGGGUGUCAUUCUUGAAUUUUUAGAAGGAGAACUUCAGAGAAUAGACAAUAAUCCAGAUGCAAGACUAGCAGAUUACUUUGAUGUAAUUGGAGGAACAAGUACAGGAGGUUUAUUGGUUGCUAUGAUAACUACUCCAAAUGAAAACAAUCGACCCUUUGCUGCUGCCAAUGAAACUGUACCUUUUUACUUCGAACAUGGCCCUAGGAUUUUUUCUCGUAGGCCGCUCUUUCCAAUUAUUCCAGGCCCACAAUAUAAUAGUACAUAUCUUAUGCAAGUUAUUAAAGAAAAAAUGGGAGAAACUCGUUUGAAUCAAACUUUGACAGAAGUUGUCAUCUCAGCCUUUGACAUCCAAACAAAUAAGCCAGUAAUAUUCACCAAGUCAAAUUUAGCAGAGUCGCCAGAAUUGAAUGCUAAGAUGUAUGACAUAUGUUAUUCCACAGCAGCAGCUCCAACAUUUUUUGCUCCACAUUACUUUGUUACUACUAUUAGUAAUGGAGAUCCCUAUGAGUUCAAUCUUGUUGAUGGUGGUGUUGCUACUGUUGGUGAUCCGGCGUUAUUAUCUGUUAGCGUUGCAAUGAAACAUGCAGAAAAUGAGGAUCCAGCAUUUGCUUCAAUUAAGUCAAUGAAUUACAAAAAAAUGUUGUUGCUCUCAUUAGGCACUGGCACUACUUCAGAUUUUCGUGAAACAUAUACAGCAGCAGAGGCAGCUAGAUGGAAUCCUCCUAAAUGGAUGUCAGUUAUACAAAAUAUGACUCAAGCAGGAAGUACUUACAUGACUGAUUAUUACCUUUCUACUGCUUUUAAAGCUCUUGGUUCACAAGACAAUUACCUCAGGGUUCAAGAAAAUGCAUUAACAGGCACAACUGUUACAUGGGACAAUGCUAGUCCGGAAAAUAUGGAAUUAUUAAAACAAGUUGGUAAAGAUCUAUUGAACAAACAAGUUUCCAAAGACAAUCCUGAUGAAACCUAUGCGGACGCUCUACUAGGGUUUGCAACAAAGCUCUCUGAUAGAAAGAAACUCCGAGCAAACAAAGCGUCUUAUUAA